CUGAUAAUUUGAAUGAAAACAAAGGGGCGCCAAAAAGCAUGAAACAGAAAGGUCGACUUUCGUCGCCGCCAUGCUCCGGUUUCUCUUCCCACCGUAUAUUCAAACUCCCAAUCGUAUUGCCAGCAACUCAUCACUUGCUUUCACUUCAUUGGCCACGUACGCCACCAAUCAACUUCUUUGCAAACCUCAAAACCUCGAUCCCUUAAUCAACCCUUCUCUUCCUUCUCUGACCCCAUUGGACUUGAUUAAUCACUAUAAAUCAUCUCAAUCUGGAGUUUCCUCUCCAUCAUUCUCAGCGCCAACUUUCGAGCUAUGCGAAUCUUUGGUUACUCGGUACAAAUAUGCUAGUAGCUUAACCGACGCAAAAGAGUUUCAAUUGCUGAUUUUAAAACAUGGGUUUUAUGGAUAUUUGUACUUGUCGAACACCCUUAUUAAUGUGUAUGUAAGAGCUGGUGAUUUAUUGUCUGCGCGAAAAGUGUUCGACGAAAUGUGUGAGAGGAAUCCUGUUACAUGGGCUUGCUUGAUUUCAGGGUAUAGCCAAAGUGGGAUGCCCAAUGAGGCGUGUGGGGCUUUUAAAGAGAUGAUUUCUAUGGGUUUUUGGCCUACUCAUUAUGCCUUUGGCAGUGUUCUUCGAGCUUGUCAGGAGCUCGGAUCCUGUGGUCUUCAAUUUGGUUUGCAAAUCCAUGUGAUUUCAAAAUCUCAGUAUUCGUUUGAUGUAGUUGUUUGUAAUGUGCUGAUAUCAAUGUAUGGGAGUUGUUUGGGGUGUGUUUCUGAUGCUCGUCGCAUUUUUGAUAAUUUACAGGUUAAAAAUUCAGUAUCUUGGAACAGUGUUAUAUCAGUUUAUUCACAAACUGGAGAUGCAGUGGCUGCAUUCAAGUUGUUUUCAAGGAUGCAAACAGAGGGCAUAGAAUUCAGUUUCAAGCCUAAUGAAUAUACAUUUGGGAGUUUGAUAACUGCUACUUGUUCUUCCAUUGACUUCGGUUUCUCUUUGCUCGACCAAAUGCUUAGUAGGAUUACAAAGUCUGGGUUCCUUUCAGAUCUCUACGUGGGUAGUGCUUUGGUGAGUGGAUUUGCAAGGUUUGGUUUAACUAACUAUGCUAUGAAGAUUUUUGGGCAAAUGAGUCAGAGGAACGCGAUCUCUAUGAAUGGUUUGAUGGUUGGAUUGGUAAGGCAGAAAUGUGGUGAAGAAGCAACUGAAGUUUUUAGGGAGACGAUGAACUUGGUUGAUAUAAAUUUUGAUUCUUAUGUUAUUCUAUUAAGUUCUUUUGCUGAAUUUACCAAGUCAGAACAAGGGAGAAAAAAAGGUAGAGAAGUUCAUGGUUAUUUAGUUCGUAGGGGCUUAAACGACACAGUUGUUGCAAUUGGAAAUGGACUUAUUAACAUGUAUGCUAAAUGCGGUGAUAUUACUGCAGCUAGCUCUGUUUUUAAACUUAUGGUUAAUAAGGAUUUAGUCUCUUGGAAUACCAUGAUUUCUGGUCUUGACCAGAAUGAGUGUUUUGAAGAUGCUGUAACAAGCUUCGAUGCAUUGAGACGAACUGGAUUAAUGCCUUCGAAUUAUACGGUAAUAAGUGCUCUAAGUUCAUGUGCAAGCUUGGGCUGGAGCAUAAUCGGACAACAGGUACACUGUGAAGCUCUCAAAUUGGGACUUGAUCUGGAUGUUUCGGUAUCAAACGCUCUUCUUGCAUUAUAUGCAACUAUCAGAUGCCUUUCUGAAUGCAAGAACGUUUUCUCGUUGAUGCUGGGCCAUGAUCAAGUUUCAUGGAAUUCUGUGAUUGGAGCAUUAGCUGAUUCAGAGUCUUCAUUUUCAGAAGCAGUUAAAUACUUUUUGGACAUGAUGUGUUAUGGGUGGGUUCCUAACAGAAUAACCUUAAUGAACAUUCUUGCGGCAGCGUCAUCUCUUUCACUCAGUAAAUUGAACCAUCAGAUACACGCUCUAGCACUCAAACACGAACUUGCGAAUGACAGUUCCAUCGAGAAUGCACUUUUGGCGUGUUAUGGAAAAUGUGGUGAGAUGUAUGAAUGCGAGAAGAUCUUCUCCAGGAUGUCUGAGAGAAGAGACGAAGUUAGUUGGAAUUCCAUGAUUUCUGGGUACAUACAUAAUGAACUCUUGGACAAAGCGGUCAAUUUAGUCUGGUUUAUGAUGGAGAAGGGUCAAAAACUGGAUGGUUUCACUUUCGCAACUGUUCUAAGCGCCUGUGCUUCAGUUGCAACAUUAGAGCGUGGCAUGGAAGUUCAUGCUUGUUCCAUAAGAGCUUGUUUAGAAUCUGAUGUUGUAGUUGGAAGUGCAAUUGUUGACAUGUACUCAAAAAGUGGAAGGAUAGAUUAUGCUUCGAGAUUUUUUAAUAUGAUGCCGGUAACGAACGUAUAUUCUUGGAAUUCUAUGAUAUCAGGCUACGCUCGUCAUGGACAUGGAGACAAAGCUCUUGAGCUCUUUAAGCGUAUGAAGCUAGAUGGUCAAUUGCCGGAUCACGUAACGUUUGUUGUCUUAUCGGCUUGUAGCCAUGUGGGAUUGGUCAAUGAAGGAUUUUCUCAUUUCAACUCUAUGAAGGAAGUGUAUGGUUUGACUCCCAAGAUGGAACAUUUUUCAUGUAUUGGAUCUCCUCGGCGAGCUGGUGAACUUGACAAAAUAGAAGAUUUUCUCAAUACCAUGCCGAUUAAGCCUAAUGUUCUUAUUUGGAGGACAAUCUUAGCUUGCUGCAGAACAAACGGUCAGAAGACGGAGUUGGGUCAGAAGGCAGCUGAGAUGCUCCUUGACUUGGAACCUCAAAAUGCAGUGAACUAUGUCCUUCUUGCUAACAUGUAUGCUUCAGGGGGAAAGUGGGAUGGUGUAGCAGAGGCCAGGGUGGCGAUGAGAAGGGACGCAAAGAAAGAAGCUGGUUGUAGUUGGGUCACGAUGAAAGACGGCAUCCACGUAUUCGUGGCAGGUGAUAAGUCGCACCCGGAUACUGAUUUGAUCUAUGCAAAACUCAAGGAACUUAACCGAAAAAUGAGAGAUGCUGGAUACGUUCCACAGACAAGAUUCGCAUUGUACGACUUGGAACAUGAGAGUAAAGAGGAACUCCUUGGCUACCACAGUGAGAAACUUGCAGUUGCAUUUGUUCUCACACGCUAUUCCAGAUUACCAAUCAGGAUAAUGAAAAACCUUCGUGUUUGCGGGGAUUGUCACGUGGCAUUUAAGUAUAUAUCAAAGAUCGUCAGUAGGCUAAUUAUACUUCGGGACUCGAACAGAUUUCAUCAUUUUGAAGAUGGCAAGUGUUCCUGCGGCGAUUACUGGUAACAGACUAUGCUGCCUAUUAAAAGUUCGUACCUGAGUUUGAUACAUACCUGAUUUACCGGAAUAUGAAUCAGUCGGUCAAUUCUCGUUUAGUUAGCUCACAGCAUGGAGAUAUCGGAGUUGAGUUCAGUAUGUUCUAUUUUCUCGAGAGGAAUAGAGGUUCGGAGUUCCCUUCAGAACU